GUGGUAUGCCCUGUUCCCUGAGCCUGCGUGUUUAGUGAAGACAGUCCAACAUGGCGGACAGAUCUUUGGACGACAUCAUCAUCAGAAACCCGCGCUUUGGGUCGUCAGGACGGGGCCGGGGCAGGGGCGGUCGAGGUCAGCCUUCCAGACCAGCUCAGGGGCGUGGCAGUUACCAGGCAACCAAGGCAACCCGACCACAACCCUUCGAUGCCAGGCAGAAACUCAACACACCAAAAGUUGUUGAUGCCCGUCAGAAGCUCCAGGCAAAGUCUCCGGUUGAUGCUCGGGAGAAGCUACAGCAGCAGAGACAACCCGUGGACGCUCGGCAAAAACUUCAGCAGAAGAAGCAGGAGAAGCAGCUGGUUACCGUGACGAUAGGCGACGCCCGGGAACGGUUGAAGCCGGCCUCGCCCGUGGUGAAGGAUGCCCGACAGAUGCUGCAGCUGAAGAGGAAGUCAGGUGACCUGGGUGGGGAGGGGGGCGCCUCCACCAGCGUCAAACAGAAAAACGGCAACCUCACAAUGACGAUUCCAGGCUUUGGAAGUCCAAGUCCUCCAAAAAAGCUGAAGACAGAACCAGCAGUCAGUGUCAAACCAGGAGGAAUGACCAUCACUAUGAUCAACGACACAGCCAGGACUCAGCGGAAACCCUUAUCACCCCCUGUGGACACCCUGUCCACCCCCAAAACCAUCACUAUUGGUUCGCGCCAGCUCAAGGGCAUGACCAUUACCACACUGAACCCAGCUGCCCGGACUGUACCAUCACCACAAAAGAUGGAGCCUUCACUAGCAACAAGACCACUCCCUCCGGGUAAACUGGGCUCAGGCAGUAUCCUCGACUCGCCCGGCGGUCCUGUCAAAAUCAAGAUCGUGAACGACAUGGCCGGUAGGACGAAACCUGGCAGGGCGCGACCGGAACCCAGACUGGAAGAUGCAGAGGAGUUGGUUAUAACCAGAACUAACCCCGUUGCCAUGGCACCCAAACGCCAAGCCAGCCCCGCCGGCACCGAAACAACCCCCUGCUCCAGCUAA